AUGGUCGUGUCCGUAUGCGUUCAUACAACCUUCACAUGUGGGACACCUGCUAGAGUCAACCUGGCCAUCCAACUACGCUCUGCUAGGAACUCUAUCUCCCCUGAAUCUCUAUUGCUGACCGCGCGAGAGAGUGACCGACACAGGAGUAAUGUCCCCACCACGAUAUUGGAGGGCGAGACCAAUGUGUGUCCAGAAAACCUGAACGAACUGGACAACACUAUGUAUACGCCCCCCCGACACCGGUCAACUUGUCCAUACUACAUGGUCAGCGAACACAACCCCAACCGGUUUCCGUCCAUACUGACCAGCGUCCGGUGUCGGUGCCAGCAGUGCCUGGAGGCAGGAGGUCGUAGCUUGGAGAACGUAUGCGAACCUGUCUGCGUCACAGAGGUGGUAUUGAUGCAAGAAGAAUGCGAUAACGGCGUUUUCCAAUAUAACCCGACCGAGAAACAAAUACAGGUUGCAUGUACAUGUGCCAGAAGAAGGGAAGAAGAAAGCUCAUCAGACAACGAAGGAACAACUCCAAUAUAG